AUGGAGAAUGCAGCUGCGAUUAGGUAUUGGUGUCACAUGUGCUCUCGAUCGGUGGUGAAUCCAGUAAUCGAAGCCGAGCUAAUCAAAUGCAAUUUCUGCGAAAGCGGAUUUGUUGAAGAAAUGGCUCCAGAUUCGGCCACCGAUGAUCAUCAUCGCCUGGCUGCGGAAUCUCCGUUGGCUCCGAUCUUGAUCGGGAUGAUGAACGAUCAUCAUGAUCAGCAGUCUAAUGUUGAAGACGAAGAUGGAGAAGAAGCUGAAUUGGAUCGGCAGCUCGAGCGGAUUAUGAGGAGAAGGAGCAGUCACUCAGCUGCAAUCCUGGAUCUGCUCCGGGGGAUCCGAGAAGGGUUAUCGGUAGAAUCCGUCACCACCAAUGCGGAUAAUCCGGAGAAUAGCGAGCUUUCGGUGAUGAUCAACUCGGUUAGCCGGAGGUUAAGGAUUCAAAAUCUUGUCGACUCUUUCUCUGCGCCGUCUGGAAAUUUGGGUGACUAUUUCAUCGGACCGGGAUUCGAGUUGUUGCUUCAGCAUCUGGCGGAGAAUGACCCGAACCGGUACGGGACGCCUCCGGCUACUAAAGAAUCGGUCGAGGCGUUGGCGGUGGUGAAGAUUGAAGAGAGUUUGCAGUGUGCGGUGUGUUUGGAUGAUUUUGAGAUUGGAACGGAGGCGAGAGAGAUGCCGUGUAAGCAUAAGUUUCAUGGUGAAUGCUUGUUGCCGUGGCUUGAGCAGCAUAGUUCGUGCCCUGUUUGUAGACAUCUGCUUCCUACAGAAGAUGAUGAGGAGGAGGAUGAGUAUGAGCCAAUGACUGAUGAUGCAGAGACUUCAAGAAACGAUGAUGAUGAUGAUGAUGAUAAUGAUGGUGGUAGUGUUGCUUUUAUGGAGAUCGAUGGAUCAUCUGGUAACUGA